CAAAGCUAGACAAGUAAAUUACUCUGCUGUUGAUUGUAAAAAUCAAUAUCAGUGCCUAUAUUCUGUCCCACCUACAGAACAACACAAGAGACUGUGGCUGCGUUUCAUUUUUAUGGACAACGUGCCGGCUGCGGUUCGUGUUAGCUUGUAUGUGUGUGCUAACCACUUCACAUCACACUGCUUCAGUAAGGAGGGUCAGUACAAGACACUGAGCCUCGUACACGGAUCAGUCCCAACCAUACCGGACCCAGCAACUGCACCUGAGCCACAGCAAUCCAGUCAAAUCGUUGGAUUUUUACGAAGGUGAUGGAUGGUUUUGCACUGAAACUGCAGAAAGAAACACGCUUGAGGCUAAAGGUGUUGCGGUUCAUGGGUUGACCAGCAGGUGGAGGAAGUUUUUCAUGGACUUCUUCCACCCUCCAGCCCCCACACCCGAGUCCCUCCUCUGCCUGCCUCAUGCUGCCCCUGAUGAGAGGAGUUCCUGCACAAACUUCAUUCCACUCCACAGAGGGGGAACACAUGUUGGAGGCUGAACAGAGGGAGUCGAGCAGAGCUCUCACACUGGACUUGCUUCUUUCUGCUCUUGGAAUACUUCUGUCAAGUCAGGGUCUUCAUGCCUUUGCGCCUCCCACAUCAGAGUACAUGAACGUGAAGGUGUGAAUGAGAUUCUAACAGCUCGUAGACAUGGACGCAUCCUUUGCUGUGGCCCUCCUGCUCUCUCUUCAUCUGCACUGCCACCUCCUCGCCCGGGCCGCGAUGGACUCCUGCCACGAUGAGGAGGAGGGCGCCCCGAGCCGCUGCAUGCCCAAGUUCGAAAACCUCUCCUUCAAUCGGACGGUGGUGGCAUCCAACGUGUGCGGCUCCCCACCUGAGGACUACUGCAUGCAGACGGGCUCGACGCGCUCGUGCCACCGCUGCGACGCGUCAGACCCGGAGCUGAGCCACAACGCCAGCCUCCUGACAGACUUCCACAGGAGCGAGGAGAGCACAUGGUGGCAGAGCCAGUCCAUGUACUAUGGCAUCCAGCACCCCAAUUCUGUCAACCUCACCCUCCACCUGGGGAAGGCUUUCGAGAUAACCUAUAUACGAUUGAAAUUCUACACCAGUCGGCCGGAGAGCUUCGCCAUCUACAAGCGCACAGAGCAGGACGGGCCCUGGUUGCCUUACCAGUACUACAGCGCCUCGUGCGCCAAGACCUACGGCAAGGACCCCAAAGCUUACGUCCGCCCGGGAGACGACGAGAGGACGGCUCUAUGUACGGACGAGUUCAGCGACAUCUCCCCGCUCACCGGAGGAAACGUGGCUUUCUCCACCCUGGAGGGUCGGCCCAGCGCUUACAACUUCGACCAAAGCCUGGUGCUGCAGGAAUGGGUGACAGCCACUGACCUGCUCAUCUCUUUGGACAGACUUAACACCUUCGGAGACGAGUUCUUCAAGGACCCCAAAGUGUUGCAGUCGUACUUCUACGCCAUCUCCGAUUUCUCUGUGGGCGGCAGAUGUAAGUGUAACGGUCACGCCAGCGAGUGCUCUGAGGGGGAACACGGGAGGCUGGUCUGCGCCUGCCAGCAUCAUACGGCGGGGGAUGACUGCCAGACAUGUCACCCCUUCUACCAGGAUAGACCCUGGGCCAGGGCCACCGGGGAUUCCGCCAACGAGUGUUUAAAGUGCAACUGCAGUGGGAGGUCAGACGACUGCGUGUUCGACCCGGAGCAGUACCGGAGCACCGGCAGUGGGGGGCGCUGUGUGAGCUGCAGAGACAACACUGCCGGGCCCCACUGUGAGCGCUGCAGAGAGAACCAUUACAGGAGCUCUGCAGAGGAGCCCUGCCUGCCCUGCAGCUGCAAUAUUAAUGGUUCAGCGAGUCUGCAGUGUGAUGUGGAGGGAAGGUGUGCGUGUCGAGCCGGCGUGACGGGCCUGAAGUGUGACACAUGUCUGCCUGGAUACCACUCGCUCGGCCCCGGCGGCUGCAGGCCGUGUGAGUGCGACCCCAGCGGGACCGUCGACCACUGCUCACCUCUGGACGGACGUUGCCUCUGCAAGACGAACGUGGAGGGCCACAGCUGUGACAGAUGCAAGCCAGGCUUUUUCAACCUACAGCGAGGGAGCCCUGCAGGCUGCCAGCCCUGUUUCUGCUUCGGCCACUCGCUGGCCUGCUCCUCGUCCAAUCACUACGCUGCUUUCAACAUCACCUCUGACUUCCUGGAAGAUCAGGACGGCUGGUCGGGGGAGUUCUCCGGAGGGCAGGAGUACCCCCUGCUGUGGAAGGAAGGUGAAGUCUACCUGCUGCCUCUUACUGAGGAAGACAUCGGCUUCUACAAGGCCCCCGAGAAAUUCCUGGGCCACCAAGCCCACAGCUACGGCCAGCUCUUCUCCAUCACCUUCACCUCGGAGACCGCCGAGCUGCUCCCCGACCACGUCACCCUGCUCCUCGAAGGCUCCGGGAUCGCCCUGUCUGCCGACCUUUCACCCCAACUAGUGCUCGACCGUGACCCCGGCCUCACCCCGCGGCGCUCCUUCACUCUGAGGCUCCAUGAAAGUGAGAUGAGAUUCAAACCUGCGCUGUCUGCCUUUGAUUUCCAAAAUCUCCUUUACAACCUGACAGCUCUCAGAAUCAGCAAUGCUGGAGGACACAACUACACGUCGCAGCUCGCCCGCGUGAUCCUGACCUCAGCUUUCAUCUCCUCCGGUCCGUCCAGCAUUCCCGCCCCGUGGGUGGAAACCUGCUCCUGUCCGCCGGGAUUUGCCGGCCAGUUUUGUGAGCGCUGCGCGCCGGGGUUCACCUGGGACGACCCCGGCAGAGGACCGCUCUCAGCGUGUGUGCCGUGCAACUGCCACCAACAUGGAUCCUGCCACCCAGAGACGGGUGUGUGUGAGUGCUCAGACUUCACCACGGGGAUGACCUGCGAGCACUGCCUGGAUGGUUACUACGGCAACGCUCUGAUUGGCACUCCUGGUGAUUGUCAGCCGUGCCCUUGCCCGGACCGUACCAGCUGUGCUCAAAUUGCGGAGACAGGACAGGUGGUCUGUACCAACUGCCCUGCAGGACGGACAGGGAUGCGCUGUCAGAUGUGUGAAGACGGUUACUAUGGCGAUCCCCUGGGACAAUCCGGGGCGGCUCGGCCGUGUGCGAGAUGCGACUGCAACGGAAACGUGGACUUCAACGCCGUGGGAAUAUGCGACCACGUCACCGGGCGAUGUCUGAAAUGCCUGGGACACACAGAGGGCGACCAGUGCCAACGCUGCCGGAGGGGGUUCUACGGGGACGCCCUGAACCAGACGGCUGUCCAGAAGUGCAGGGCCUGCAGCUGCAGUCCUGCCGGAACCUCCGGGCACGUGAACGAAUGCCACCCUCAGACGGGAAGCUGUCAGUGCCUCGGUCACGUGACGGGACGGGAUUGCAGUUAUUGUGAAGUCGGCUUCUUCAACCUCCAACCAGGUGUCGGCUGUGAGAGGUGCAAGUGUAAUCCAAUUGGCUCGUCAUCCAUCGCGUGUCAUCCAAUCACGGGGCAGUGUGUGUGUCGUGCAGGAGUGGAGGGGAGGCUGUGUGAUUCUUGCCGUGUGGGCUUCUUUGGAUUCUCGUCACGAGGUUGCAGAGCCUGUAACUGUGACCCAAUGGGCUCCAUUUCCAUGCAGUGUCACGGCAACGGGACCUGCCACUGUCGCCAGGGCUUUGUGGGUUACAAGUGUGACAAAUGUGAGUUGAACUAUUUCCACAACAGAGCAACGCACCAGUGCGAGGAAUGCCCCGUGUGCUAUGGCCUUGUUAAGAAGCAGGCAGAAAAGCUGAGGACUCGCCUGCAGGAUUUGGAGAAGCUCUUGGCUCACUUUGAUUGCCGAGGUAGAUUUGGGAAGCAGCACCACCUGCUGAAGUAUCACAUGGCCAGGCUUUAUGAGCAUGAGCACCAGAGGGAGGAUACUCUGCCCAAUGCUCUGGAGGAUUUUCUGGCCUUCCAAGAAGCACGGGAGGCCUUCAUAAAACAAUUUUCCUUGCUGGAAGCUUCUGCAGGCAGACUCUCAGCCCAGCUGCACGGCAUUACAUCUGCUUUGAACUGCAGCAUCAGCAUGACGGAGGAAGAGAGGAAGGAUGAAGGGAGCAGGGGUGUGUGCCAAGCGUUCGCAGAGGCGACGCUCGUGAUGAGAGCGUCGCAGGAGCAGCUGAAGCAGGCGACACUGGACCUGGACACCAUGAUCAUUCCCUUUGAGGUGCUGUCAGGACCGAACAAAUGGAACAUCAUGGUCAACGACUCGCAGGUCCUGAUGAAAAGUCACAGGGAGGCGGCGGACCAGAUUGAGGCCGUAGCCAGCAGGGCGGUAAGAGCCUCGAAGCAGACCUUCGGAUUCCUGAUGGAUCUGCUGCAGGACAACUCCACAGAGGAGUACAUCAGGAACCUAACAGAGCGAAUCACACACAUGCAGCAGCAGAAAGACAACCUGACAGCGCAGGCGAACGAUACGGCAGCCCAGCAGCGGGCCCUGCAGGAGGAAGCUGCCGGUGUAAAGCUUGCCCUGGGUAACAUCACAUCAUCCUUACAUCAGCUGGCUCUGACAGAUGCCAGCCCAUCACCACAGCCCGGCCAAACACAGCUCGACCAAACACGCCCGAUCAGCCACACAACAGAGUGGGGCGACGGCCUGCUAAAGCAGACGGAAGAACUGGACCGGCAAAUUCAGACCAACGACGAGCUCAUCAGAAAGAUGGGAGAGGAGGUGGAGCUUCGAAAGCAGACUGCCGAGAAGAAACUGGAGGUGCUGGAUGUCAUCGGCGAGCUGCAAGCUCGCGCUCGGGAGGCAAAGGUCGCGGCUUUGUCGUCCGUGGUGACGGGGAAGGAGGUGGAAUCAGACGCCAUCGCCCUGCACAGAGAACUAGAGAACAUGGUGAGGGAGUGGCCCCGUCGGCAGGCCCAGACACAGGCUGCGAUGAAGAAGGAGAGGCCGCUGGAGGAAAAAGUGUUGGCUGAUGUCAGGAAAAGGGUCUCGCAGAUUGAGAAGACGCUGAAGCCAGCUCUGGAAAACUCCAGCCUCUCCAGUAACACCACGAAGGAGGCGGAGCGAACAGCACAUGCUGUGGCAAAGGAAUCCAAAGCCAUUCUGACUCAGGCCAAGCACACCCGGACCGCGUCCGCUCACCUCAGCUCCCAUGUAGACGCCGCUUUACAACAGCUGACUGAGCAGGAGAUGCUGACUGACACGGCAAACUCCCAGAUCACCUCAGAGCCUGAGGUGUCCCUGACCACAGUGAGGGAGGACAUGGAGGCCGCCAAGCUCCGUUUAAAGGCCUAUUCUGAUACACUAACCGAGCUAAUCAGCAAGAUCGAUGGGAGCGUGCCGCUGGAGAGGUUUGACCGGAUCUUGAACGAGACGGCGCGCCGCCUGAGCAUGCUCCGCGGGAGCGUCGAGAGCCCGGCGCUGGGCUCAAAAAUCGAGAAGCUGCGAUCGGCGGCGCAGGAACAACAGAGCCGGAUGUCCCUCAUCGAGCAGGACUUACAGGAGAUCCGGGAGGAGAGAGACAGUCUCAGGGACAUCGCUUUAAAUCUGCCUCAGUCCUGCCCCGAGGCCACGGGAGCGGGAAAAGGCUAGAAGACGACAGCGAUUAAGUCCCUGAUUAGACGGCCGAACAUCAGAAAAGUCUUGGAGGAUUUCGUUAAUAAACGGGGCUGUGUUCAUUUUUUAUUCUGCUUCGGAAAAAAAGUCAAUGAUAUCCUUUCAUAUUCUUCCCCGUUUCCACCUUUCGCCCCGAGGUACAAUUUGUUUCACCACCUCGACACAGUGACUCUCACAUUCCCACCAACUUACCCACCGUCUCCCGUGAUUUAUACCUAAUCCUCCUUCGCCUUCUUCUUGUUUAUUUCUCCCCCUCUUCCAUUUUUUGCCUCCCGCUCUCAAUUUUUUAACCAACAAUAUCAGAACUUUAAUUUCACCGUGAAUAAUAACCAGCCAGCUCUGAACCGCUGGAGUGCACCGUCAAGUUUAAAAUAAUGCUGAUUUUCCUUUGUGGGGGUAAAAGGUGUGUCUGAGUGCUCCUCCAGACUGACACAUUCAUUUACACUUGAGCUCUUUUUCAUCAGCCUGGCUUAAUUAACAAUUAGUCCCCUCGGCCUCGGUGGGGUUCAGGUCAGGCUUCAACAGCACGCAACCUGUGUUCGGGAUUCUUACCGCGCCUACCUCUCUCUGUUUUUUUGUGGUUUUCUCAAUUUUUAUUUUUUUUACUUUCUCCCCCCCACAUCUCCCAUCAAACAUUCAAAACAUGCCUCGUGUUUGGGCUCGUGGUGGGUCACACUGUCUGGUUCUGAUGACCGAAAAAUGUAAAUGCUAAUUAUCUUUGUAUUGCACAUAUUGUACUGACGAGACCAAACGCUAUGUUAGACACCUUUUGUCAGGUUUUUUUUUUUUUUUUUAAGGAAAUGCAGAAUAACUGAUCAGGGAUCAGAAUUAGUCAAAUGGUUUCACAUCGACAUCUACAUUGGGAGUAACUGUAACCAUCUGAGUAAAGCCUUCAUAUAGAAACCACUUUUCAUACUAAAAUAUCACUUUUUGUAAUGGACACUCUUGUAUAACAGUGCGACACACAGUGGACGUGGAGGAGCGGUGGUUCAAGGAAUUCCCGGAAAACAAACCCAAUAAAAUAAAUACUCAAUCGAUGGAAAACGUU